UCUGCCUUUUAAAACAAAAUUCUUGUCUCAUCUCUUUUUAUUUUCCACAGAGAGAGAGAGAGAGAGCAGGUGGACCAUUAUGAACCUCCUUCUAUUCCCAUUAAUGAUGUUAUGGUUCCCACCACCCAAGACUGCCACCACCGCUGAAGUACCGGCGAUCAUAGUGUUCGGUGACUCGACGGUCGACUCAGGGAACAACAACCAGAUCCCGACACUUCUCAAGAGCAACUUCAGACCCUAUGGGCGUGAUUUCAUGGGUGGGAAGCCCACCGGGCGGUUCAGCAAUGGCCGGCUGGCGACCGACUUCUACUCGGAGUUUUACGGUCUUGGUCCCUUCGUGCCAGCUUAUCUUGAUCCCCAGUAUGGGAUAGAAGAUUUUGCCACCAGGGUCUGCUUUGCAUCUGCUGGUUCUGGGCUGGACAUUGCUACGUCCAACGUUCUAUCUGUGAUACCCUUGUGGAUGCAAGUCCAGUACUACAAAGAGUAUCAGACUAGACUGAAGAGCUAUCUCGGAGAGGAGAAGGCCAAGCAUACGUUGAGGGAGGCCGCGUAUGUCAUUAGCAUCGGGACUAAUGAUUUGAUCGAGAAUUACUUUGCCUACACUUCGGAUCGAUACAGGCAAUUCACCAUCGGUGAGUAUGUGGACUUCCUCACGGGUCUCGCCCGUGACUUCAUCACAGAACUUUACACCUUGGGAGCCCGAAAGAUUGGCUUCACAGGACUGGGUCCGAUAGGAUGUGUGCCUUUGGAACGAAGCAUGAACUUUAUGGCCGGCGGUUCAUGCGUGAAAGAGUACAAUAAGGUGGCAAGAGACUUCAAUGCAAAGUUGCAGGCCAUGAUUGAUGAGUUGUGUGCUACUCUGCCGGGCAUCCAAGUAAAAUUAGCCCGUGUCUAUGACUUCUUUGUCUACGUCGUCCGUUAUCGAUUUCUGUAUGGUAAGUUCCAGUGCACAAUUUAGUCUUUAAUUUGGUUACUAAAUAUGAACAACUUACUGUAAUGUUUUAUGCUGUGUGGGGGUCUGGUUGAUUGAUGCGGUGGGCCUAUCAAGAUGGGAUCUCUACAGUAUUUUAAAAAUACUCUAGAGUAUUGUGCAUGGUUAGAUGCCGUCCAUCAUAAAAUGUACGAUUGUUCAAAUUAUCCAAAUAAAUUUAAGAUUUA